AAUGCCAUUAGUUUGUUUAUAAUUGCCGGUAGUUUACUGGCAACGCCAUAUAACAUGUUGAAGUAGAAAUUGACUAUUGCACAAAAUUAUUAAAUUUGUUAAGGAAAUUGAACAAAAAUGGAUGCUGAAUUGAAACAAAAAAUUGAAAGUUGUGUCCGUACGGCCGAGGAUUUCACAAAAUUAUACUACCAGUCGUUUGAUAAAAGAAGACAUCAAAUUAGCCGUUUAUAUUUGGAAAAUGGUCUGUUUGUAUGGAAUGGCAAUGGUGCCUCUGGCAAAGAUAACAUUCACAAAUAUUUCAUAGAGCUACCCUCGUCGGAGCACACAAUCUCCACACUGGACGCUCAACCCAUAGUUGAUGAUGCUGUAGCAGGCCAGCUAACAUAUUUGAUACAAUCUGGUGGUACUGUCAAAUAUACAGAUCAACCUGUGAAGCCAUUUCAGCAAACUUUCAUCAUAACCGCCCAAGAUGACAAGUGGAGAAUAGCCAGCGAUUGUUAUCGUCUGCAGGAUGCUUUGGUAACACAAAACAAAUAAAUGGUGGGGUGGGAGAAGCAAUUUUCAUCAGUAGUUCUAAGAUAAAAUUUUGUACUGACUUUGUAAAGAAAAUAAUAAAAAGUAAAUGUAAUAGUUUCUAAAUUAAAAUAUAUAGAAA